AAAGAAAUUUUCAAAGUAGGUCCUGUUGAAAACAUCAAACCAACUUCGUUGCAGCACGUCGGUGGCUCCAGACCCACCCCCCACCCCCCUAUUUAACCAGACACUCCCAAACUCAAGCAGACAUAAAACAAACAAAGCUAAAGAGAGAAACUGAAAACAGACGAAAGGCCUUAAACAAAGAUGGACGUGUUUGAUGGAGUUCCAGAUGCGAUCAUCGUCGAUAUCUUGAACAAAGUCGGUGACGUCAGAACCUUACUUCGUUGCAGCUCUCUCUCAAAGCGAUUCAACUCGCUCGUCCCUCAAACCGAGUCACUCAUCCUCCGACCCGACCAGGUUGGCACCACCGAGUCACAACCCGAUUCUCCCCUCAGCAACAUUUUAAAGUCCGUUCACGGUUUGUGUUCUUUAUUCACUAAACCGGCUAAACCGAUCCCGACCACGAGUCUUUCUCCGAAUAUCCCUUCCAAGAUUCUCUCCCCGUUUGACCGGAUCAAGAACCUCGGAGUCGAGCUUCCCGGGGGCGAUGCAAGCCUCGAGAACGGCGCCGCCGUCAAGUGGAAAGCAGAGUACGGUGAAACUCUCCAAACCUGCGUCGUCUUCGCGUUUCGUUCCGCCUCCACCGUGUCUCCUUCUCCCGGUUCUUCCGACGGUGAGUCAGACGCCGAGUUCGUGGCUGGGCUGAAAACGCGCGUGGUGUGGACGAUAAGCGCGUUGAUAGCUGCGUCGACUCGUCAUUUCUUGAUGAGCGAAGUCGUGAAGGAGCACGAAGAGAUGGAGAGUUUGGUGAUUCGCGACAUGGGAGGAGAAGGGACGCUGGUGAUGAACUCGGAGGGGCUGAGAGAGUUUCGAAAGAUUGAAGCGGCGCGUGACGGAGAAGUCGAGGAUGAGCGCGUGGAGAAAAACCGGAGUGUGGUCCCGAGCGUGAGGAUGAGCAUGAGACACGCGCCGUCGCUGAAGCUCGAGAGUAGUAUCUGUUUAGAAUCCGCGACGCUCGUGAUCGUAAGGCCGAGCGAGAGGUAUUCCGACGUCGGAGACGAUGAGCUGGCGACGGAGGCUUUCGCCGGGAACUGUAUGUACGGUGAAGCGGUCGUCGCUUUGUUGAAGUGUAGGAAGAAUGCUAUAGAAAUGAACUCUUUUUAAGCCUUUGUUGGGCCUUUUAAUGGGCCCUUUGGGGCUUUCGUUUGUUAGAAUGUUUUUCUUGUACGUGUGCAUGUGCUCACUUUUGUGUAUAAGUGUACAAAGUUGGCUUCAACA